UUCCACCAAUUAAUUCCCAAAAGAACCUUAUCUUCUCAUCAACACAUCUUAUCCACAGCAACAAAACCUUAACUCUUACAUUUUCCUCACUCACCAUGGCAACAAUUCAAUUAACAACCUCUCCAUCUUUCACUCUCAUUCCAUCAAGAAAACAAGGCAAUCUUGCUGCUAUUAAGCUAAACAAUCCCUGGUCAGUCAGGAGAACAGAAAACUGUCGAGUAUCGAGUGUAGUUCGAGCUUAUAAAGUAAUAGUAGAACAUGAAGGUAAAACUACAGAGUUGGAAGUUGAACCUGAUGAGACAAUCUUGUCGAAGGCACUUGACGUUGGCAUGUCCGUACCGUACGACUGCAAGCUAGGAGUGUGCAUGACUUGUCCAGCAAAGCUUCUAAGUGGGAAUGUGGAUCAAAGUGAAGGUAUGCUAAGUGAUGAUGUUGUGGAGAGAGGUUAUGCAUUACUAUGUGCAGCUUAUCCAAGAUCAGAUUGCCAUAUUAGAGUCAUACCAGAAGAAGAGCUUUUGUCUCUGCAACUCGCAACUGCCGAUGAUUGAACAUGAAGACGACGACGACCCUAUUUUUGUUAUUCCAUUUUUGACUGAUGUAAAACUGAUACAAGAUGUUCUACUUCUUGAGCAAUUCAAUGCAAAAGUAUGUGUGGUUUAUUGCUAUAAAUUGUUUUGCUCAUAAGCCAUUUCAACUAAUGAUUAUAUGCCAGUAUUUUCUUUUGGA